AUGGGGAUGAAACGCGAGAGUCUAGGCCAGCGUCUGAAGACCUCUGUAUGCCGACCGUUUGCGAUGUCCUACUCUGAGUUGAUCAUCCUCCUGAUGUCGCUCUAUUUAACCAUCAUCUAUAUCGUCCUCUUCACCUUUCUGGAGGGAUACACGUACGUGUUUGGCGAGACAUACGGCAUCUCACAAGGACUCACUAGCCUUUGCUGGGCUGGUAUGCUGGUUGGUAUCCUGCUUGUCAGCUGUGUGGUGCCAGUGGUUUAUUCCUGGACUUUGAAGGAGUACCAAAAAACCUCGGUCAUUGCACCUGAGACAAGACUUUGGUAUGCGAUGCUUGGCGGUGCUCCAGCAGUGCCAAUCAGUUUGUUCUGGAUGGGAUGGUCAAGUGAUCCAUCUAUUUCAAUCUGGUCCCCGCUCGCCGCCUCCGUCCUCUUCGGCUACGGUAUCACGACUAUUUUCAUCGCGGCCUAUAUGUAUCUCAUCGAUUCCUACGAUAUAUACUCGGCUUCCGCAUUGGGAUUUCUUGUUUUCACACGAUAUGUGGUUGCGGGAGGUGUAACUGUUGCUGGUGGCCCGAUUUAUCGCUCCAUUGGUGUUCACUUCGCGCUUACGAUCCUUGGUUCUAUCAGUGGCAUCAUGGCUCCUGUUCCCUACUUGCUUCACAUUUACGGACCGAGGAUUCGAAAGCGCAGCAAGUAUGCGGUGAACAUCAACAAGGAAUGA